CCACCGAGGCAGCUCCCGGCAGCGCUGGCGACAUGGCCGACACCCCCAGAGACGCCGGGCUCAAGCAGCCGCCCGCGCAGAGGAACGAGAAGGCCCCCGUGGACUUCGGCUACGUGGGGAUCGACUCCAUCCUGGAGCAGAUGCGCAGGAAGGCCAUGAAGCAGGGCUUCGAGUUCAACAUCAUGGUGGUCGGGCAGAGCGGCUUGGGAAAGUCCACCCUGAUCAACACCCUCUUCAAAUCCAAGAUCAGCCGGAAGUCAGUGCAGCCCGCCUCGGAGGAACGCAUCCCUAAGACCAUUGAGAUCAAGUCCAUCACACACGAUAUCGAGGAGAAGGGCGUCCGCAUGAAGCUGACGGUCAUCGACACGCCGGGGUUCGGGGACCACAUCAACAAUGAGAACUGCUGGCAGCCCAUCAUGAAGUUCAUCAACGACCAGUACGAGAAGUACCUGCAGGAGGAGGUCAACAUCAACCGGAAGAAGCGCAUCCCGGACACGCGUGUCCACUGCUGCCUGUACUUCAUCCCCGCCACCGGCCACUCCCUCAGGCCCCUGGACAUCGAGUUCAUGAAGCGCCUGAGCAAAGUGGUCAACAUCGUCCCGGUCAUCGCCAAGGCUGACACGCUGACCCUGGAGGAGAGGGUCCACUUCAAACAGCGGAUCACCGCAGACCUGCUGUCCAACGGCAUCGACGUGUACCCCCAGAAGGAGUUUGACGAGGACUCAGAGGACCGGCUGGUGAACGAGAAGUUCCGAGAAAUGAUCCCGUUUGCCGUGGUGGGCAGUGAUCAUGAGUACCAGGUGAACGGGAAGAGGAUCCUUGGAAGGAAAACCAAAUGGGGCACCAUUGAAGUCGAGAACACCACGCAUUGUGAGUUUGCUUACCUGCGGGACCUCCUCAUCAGGACACACAUGCAGAACAUCAAGGACAUCACCAGCACCAUCCACUUCGAAGCCUAUCGCGUGAAGCGUCUGCAUGAGGGCAGCAGCGCUGUGGCCAACGGCGUCGAGGAGAAGGCGCCAGAAGCCCAGGAGAUGUAGACACCGCCUGUCCCGGGACCCCGCCCCGAGUCUUUUCCGUCUCCCUCCCCCCUCCCCCCACCCACCUGCCCCGUUUUAUUUUAUAUAAUUUUCUCCAUGUGUCCUCCACCUCCACCCCUUUACAGCUGCCAAGCAACAAGAUGACGAGAGCCCUCUCAGUAUGUGUUUGUUAUUAGCCCGCUGACUACGGGGACCCGGGCUGGGGGGUCCUCGGAGUGGGGCCGGCUCUCUGGCCGUCCCUGAGGUCCAGGAGGGGCGGGAGGACCACUGACUCAGUCCUGACCCUGCCCCGGGGCCGGAGGAGUGGCCUCCAGCUCUUGGUGCCCCUCGGACACGGCCUCUGCGGCGUGGCAGGGGGGUGCCCGUGGGAGGAUGGAGCCAUCCUCGUGGACCUGGAGCCCCUGCCUGCCCCUGCCUCCCCACAUGGCCCUGGCCGUAACUCAGAGCACCCCACCCCGCCCCUAGGGGAGAGCAGUCCAUUCCACGAGACCCAAGUUGCCAAUUGCUUAGAUGCGGCGAGGCCACUGGCUGCUGCCCGCCCACCUGCCUGCGAGCCUGUCCUGGAGCAGGAAGUGCCUUUAUCUCAGCCGUCCUCGCGAGCCAGCAGCUCUCCCCCGCUGUCCCCUUGGACGAGAAAUUGGGACAAGUUGGAGAGAGGGAGGUGUGUCUUCAUCUCCCCUCGUGUCCCACACCCCCACCCCACUGGGAUUUGAUUUGAGGAUUCAAAGGAAGGGAAAAGAUGCACCACCACCACCCCCCUGCCUGAUUUUUGGGGCAGGUCCAAGUGAGUGAAUCUGGAGCAGGAGCUAAGGGAGGAAGUGCUGGCAGGUGCCCGAAGGAAGUGGGGGGCCAUGUGGACCACGGCUGGGGACAGAGUGGCCCUUGUGGCCUUGGUGGUUGCCUGCCGCCGCCGCCCCCCCCCCC